GGACUCCUGUGUUCCUCUACCCAAGGUGCUCUUGGUGCUUGGAGGCAAGAUGGAGGAAGUUGACAACAUUAUCAUCCACACUUUACGGCAAAUCGGCUGUGAAAUUCCAGAGGAAAUCCAAUCUCUUCGUGAAUUCACCACUACAGUCAUUGUGCAAGCUUCAUCGAAAUGCCUGCAUGUCAUCAAUGAAGACAUUGACAUCCCUUCCAAUCUUCCAUCCAGCAUGUCGGCCAAGUUCAGGGUUGGGACUAUGCUUGCUGCUGCACUACAGGACCUUGGAUAUCGUGGGGAGAUUGGUUACCAGACAUUCUUGUAUUCUAACGAGAAGGACAUCCGUUCUGUCUUCAUGUUCCUUGUGGAACAUUUGCCAAAAGAAACUUCAUCAGCUGCCAGUGAGCCUCUAGGUUCCUCUGUUUUGCUGAAUAGGAGAGUAGCUAGUGAUCUGGCUCAGAGAUUAACCCUGUCAUGGAUGCCGACAUUCCUUAAAAAGGGUGGGGUCAGAUGGAAGGGGAGCAAACCCAAGACCUACUUUAGAGAGGGAAGUGCUUCUAUGAGGAGGUUCCAUGCUUGCAAUCUCAAAUCACCUCAAGGUCUUACUGAUUUGACUGCAAAAAUAUCUAAAGAAACAAAGGCAUAUUACAGUGUCAUUCCCUACGUCACCAGUCAACCACCCUGCCGCCGGGAUGUUGCGCCCUCCGUCUUGGAGAGUAACUCCCUGUCUGUGACCGCUGUUGCUGAGUGGGAGUUGGAGUGGAACCAGAGUGGCUUGUCAUCCAGGCUCACAAAGGAGGAGUACCUUGCCCGUAAACGGCAGAGGCUUGAGAAAAAGAUAAAGGACCAUGUCUUAGCUGAGAUGCAGCGAGUGGAAGCUGGAGGCAGAGCUGCUUCUGACUUGUCCGACAUAGUGUCAUCAUUCUCAGAUAGGGUAUCUACAAUCGAAAGUCAGACUCAAGGUUCAAGGUUUACUCGCACUGAGAAGCUACAGUUCGCCCAGGAUGAGCAGAAGGCAGCAGCUAUGGCUGGUCUGAGUGAAUCUGGGCCACCUAAGAUGGAUACCGAAGAGGAGUUGCAGAAGAAAAGGGAGCAGGAAUUAGAGGCUUUGCAAAAUAAACUGAAAGACCUUGCAUCUUCAGUUGAUGAAAAAGAGUCAGAGAUCAAAACCAUAAAUGCUGGCCUACAACAGACCAAUGAACAAGUCACAGCCACCAAGGUUCAAAACUCUGAGCAUGAAGAGUCUUAUAAAGUGAAAAAGCGGACUGUGGAUCUCUUACCAGAUGCAGAAAACAACAUUGCAAAACUUCAGGGUGUGGUGGACAGCAGCUCCCAGCGGUUGGUUAACCUGGCUCAACAAUGGGAAACACACCGUACUGCACUGAUAGAUGAGUAUCGAGAGCUCAAAGUAAUCAAUGCCAAGAAAGUGUCUGAGACUCAAAAGAAGCUGGAAGAAAUCAAGUCGCUACGUGAGAAGAUGAAGGAAGUUGCUGAAGAGACUCGAGGAAAAGACGACCUCUACAAACAGCUAGUUUCUGAAUAUGAGCGAAUGAGUCGUGAUGUAAAUCGGUCAGCGUACACCCGUCGAAUUCUGGAGAUUGUUGGGAAUAUCAAGAAGCAAAAGGAGGAGAUAAAUAAGAUUCUGGUUGACACCAAGAGUGUCCAAAAAGAGAUCAAUCAACUGUCCGGAAAGCUGGACCGGACAUUUACUGUCACAGACGAGCUUAUAUUCAGAGACGCAAAGAAGGAUGAGGCAUGUCGUAAAGCGUAUAAAUAUCUUGCAAGCCUUCACGAGAACUGCAAAGAGUUGAUCCAAGCUGUGGAAGACACUGGUGUUAUCAUGCGCGAGAUUCGAGAUCUCGAGGAACAGAUUGAUACGGAGUCUCAAAAGAACACUGCGAAUAAUCUGGAACGCAUCACUGCGGAUCACAAGCAGAUGAAAGAAGAGAACGCCACGCUUACCAAGAAAAUCAAAGCAUUGAAAUCUAGUUAGAAUUUUUACACAGUCGAGGUUCCGAUUACUGUAAUAAACACAAGAUUUCUUAGAAUUCGUCAUUUGAAAUCAACAAUCGAGAAAAAGCAAUCAACAAAUCAAAAGAAAAUAUCAGAUUAAACAAAUAUUUUAUUAAAA